AUGAGUGCGGAACCAACCGUUGAUACCGCGGUCGGAUCCGUCGCGGAAUCUCCGCCGUCCGAUGGCCCCUGUCCGCCGGUGACAUGGCCCGCCGACGGUCAGAUCUCCGUCGCGUGGGUGCGCGAGUUCGCAGCGCGUCUGGACCACACUUCGCGCCACGUGUCUCCAGAGGAUCUUCCCACCGUCCUCCCUGUUGCCACUGUGGACGGCAUUCUCAAUGCCGCGUAUAAAAUCCUGCACAAGGAGCCAAACGUCGUGCGCGUGUGGCCGCAAUCGGCGGCGCCAACCGCGGCGGCGACGAAAUCCCGACCUGGCCCGUCCGCAGUAGGCGGAACGGGAGAGGGGGGGAAGAUGGGGACGGGUGUUUCCAAUGAUGGGGGGAAAGCCGAGGCAAGGGGAGGGGAAGGAGCGGGAGGGGAAAUUGCAGGAGGAGAAGGGGAGGAGAUUCCGCGGCGCGAUGGGAAGGCUCCUUGCGAAGAGGCAGUUUCAGGCGGGAACGUAGAUGAUGGACUCUCUGCCGGCGCCGCCGCCGCCGCGGUAGGAGCAGAAGGAGAAGAAAGGGUAGGAGAGGGAGAGAAAGGCGAGGCAGCAGGAGAAGCGGCGGCGGAAGGGGAAGGAUCAGGGGGAGGAGAGGCGGGGGUGCAAGUGGUGGUGGUGGGCGACGUGCACGGGCAGCUGCACGACGUGCUGCGACUGCUGCGACUGACGGGCGAGCCCUGCGACUCGCGCUUCUUCGUGUUCAACGGCGACUACGUGGACCGCGGCGCGUGGGGCCUGGAGACGUAUCUGCUGCUGCUGAGCUGGAAGCGCGUGUAUCUGCUGCGCGGCAACCACGAGACGCUCUUCUGCGCCAUGCACUACGGCUUCCAGAACGAGAUCCGCCACAAGUACCCCGCGCCCGCCGCCUCGCACCUCUUCCGCCGCUUCCUCGCCUGCUUCGAGUCGCACCCCCUCGCCGCCGUGGUUAACGGCGCAGUGUUCGUGUGCCAUGGGGGGUUGUUUCGGAACCCGGAGGAAGCGGGUGGGAAGGCGGGGAGAGGGGGCGGCGGUGGCGGCGGUGGCGGCGGCGGUGGCGGGCGGGAGAAGGGGAAAGGGAAGGGGAAGGGUGGGAAGGGGAAGGGGAAGGGGAAAGGCCGGGCAGCAGAAGGCGGGAGCGAGAAGGGCGGGACGAGGAGGAGGGGGAAGCGGGAGGUACCAGAGGUGGAGCUAGGAAGCAUCGCGGAUCUGGAGGGGACGAGGAGAGGGAUUCUGGAUCCGCAUGGCACGGGGUCGCAUGCUAUAGUGGCGGACGUGCUGUGGUCUGACCCUGCUCUCAAGGACGAGCUGCGGCAUAAUGCGACGAGGAAUAUCGGCCUGGUGUUUGGCCCGGGGCACACUCAGAUGUUCCUGGAAAGCCACGGGCUCAAGGUGAGAGGGGAGGGAUGUUCACACACGCAGAUAUUCAGGAACAUCGAGGGAUCUUUUAGAGCCCUCGACUGGUGUGUGGCCCGGAGCACACCUAGAUGCUCAUGGAGACGCAUGGGCUCAGGUGAGGGGGGUGGUGCUGAAGGAGCAGAGGAGGAAGGGUGGUGGGCUUUUGCACCAUUGUCUUGCCAGGCCCCCCUUACUUCAUCCAUCUCCCCUUUUUCCUCCCUCCCCACCUUCCUCUCUUCCACCGUCAAUCUUCGCACCCUCUCCUUCCCUUCUCCUUCCCCGUUUCUCCUCCCCCUUCUCCGCCACCACCAGCUCAUAGUGCGAUCGCACGAGGGCCCAGACGCGAGGGAGAAGCGCCCGGAGAUGAAGCCAAUGAGCACGGGCCUCACAGUGGACCACGAGGUGCCUGCUGGCCGCCUGCUCACGCUCUUCAGCGCGCCCGACUACCCGCAGUUCCAGGCGCGCAAGCAGAGGUACAGCAACAGAGCAGCGUACCUGGUGUUUGAGGGCCCGGACUUUGUGGAACCCCACGUGCACCACUUCGAUGCCGUGCUGCCACGCCCUAAGGCAACGGCCUUCUAUGAUUACAUGAACUGCUUGGAUUCAGACGAUGAGAUUGAUCUGGGGAGCAGUGACGGCGGCAGCAGCGAUGGUGGGAGCAGCGACGGGGGGAGCAGCCAUGGGUCGGGAAGUGAAGGGAGUGAGGAUGAAGGGGGAGGGAGCAACCGCAGGGCAGGCACAAGCAAACGAGUGGGACGGGCUGGUUGA